UGAGCUUACUCACGCGCACGAGCUUCUUACCUGGAGAUCCCCAACUCGAAGUUACCUCUCUCUUUCUUGUUUUUCCCUCUAUAAACACUCUCCCUCCACUAAUCAAUUUCCACUUCACUCUAAUUUCUAGCUAAACUCCCCCUUCUCGUUCUCACCACCUAGCUAGCUCCGUAGUCUAUCUUUCUCAUUGCUUUUGGUUCUCUUGUGCUUUUCAAAACAUGGGUUCUUUCUAUAAUUCAUGUUCAAGCACAAACUUUAAGCAAAGAAACCAUGUUUCAAUAGAGCACAGGCCUCAACUGCUUAAAGAUUUUCUCAUAGAUGAUGAUUCAAAUUCAUGUUCCUCAAGUGGGUUCAGAUCGUUUUCAAGAAAACCAUGCGAUUCCACUAUGAAAACCCUUAUCGAAAUCGAUCUUCGUAACCCAAAACGCAUUGCUAAUUCUAGCAAUAAUAUUGCGACUUAUAAGCUACUUAGAAGUCGUUCGAAAGCAGCAGCCUCAACAACAAUCUCAGCAUUCCAAGCCGUGAUUAACGCCGUCAAGAACAUCCAUUUCACCGCCGUUAAGCCCCCCUCAAUUUUACCGAGGAGUCUCUCUCGGAAACUGUCAAAAAAGAAGAGUCAAAACAAGGAAAAUGAAGUCAAAAUAACAGUCACUAUAAAAGACAUUAUACGGUGGAGAUCAUUUCGCGACAUUGUCGAAGAGAAAUCUCUGCCAUCGGACUUGCCACCAUCACCCUAUCACUGCAUCACUACCACAACCGGGUCCACAUCGACCACUCCACGUAGUGGGUCAAGCUGGUGUGAUAGUGAUUUUACCUCAGAUUAUUUACCACCUUGGAACGGUAAUUUGGAUGAGUGUGGUGAAAAGGAGAUAGAAGUGGGCAAAAAAAAUUCACCAUGCGUCGGCGAGGAUUCUUUGGAGUUAAUAACAAAUGCAAAAGUGGGUCCCGAGGAGGAUGAGGAGGAACGACUACAUAGUCCUGUUUCAGUAUCUGAAUUUGAGUUUGAAGAAGAUGAAGAUGCAAGCUCAUCUUUUGAGCAAAGCCUUGCCACUGUGGAGAGGACUAGAGAAAAGAUUAUGGAAAAGAUCCGAAGGUUUGAGAGUCUAACCAAAUUGGACUUUGUCAACCUAGACAACUGGAUGUCAAUAGACGAAAACAUCAGCUCUGGAGAAGAUGAUGACAACGAAGAAGACGACGAUGAUCCUGAAGGAAUUAGAGAGACAAACAUGAACUUUGAAGGAGAAGAAGAAGAAGAAAUUCAUGAAGUCGAAGAAGGGGCAUGGAAACUAUUGAACCAUGUAAAAGAAACUGGCCUAGAAUGUUGCAGUGACAACAUGGACCUAUUAUUCGACUUCUUUAGAGAUGAAUUGGCUACAAGAACGUAUGAGAAUAUUAAACAGAGGAUUGAUGUGGAAUUGCUUAAAAAAGCAAAAGCUUGGAUAAAUGGAGAAGACAGCUUGCGGGUUGAAUGGGAAUUAGAUAAAAGGGAGGUUUAUGUCAGAGAUAUGGACAGGGAAGGCGGGUGGAGCAAGUUUGAGGAAGAGCAACAAGAGCUUGCUUUGGGAAUUGAGAAUGGGGUGCUUGAUCUUUUGCUUGAUGACCUUUUGCUUGAUCUCAUCUCAUACUAAUGAUUAUUACAAGUAACAGCACUGAAAUUAUCCCAUAAAUGGCAUAACUCAUGCCCAUUGUCUUGUAGUAUUUCCAGGCAUAGUCUAUGAUGGAAAUUUCGUAGGAGGAAAUGAGGGGAAAAAAACAAACACAGUGGUGUUAGCACUUAUUUUUCUUAGCAAAGAUCGAGAGGUUAGAAUAAUGUACGUUUAAUACAUUUCCUUUUGUAAAUACACAAAUUUCAUUUGUUA